ACAGCAAGGCAUGACCGAGACAUGGCAAUGAAAGCAAAAAGAAGCCUGCCCACAAUCACAAACCCUUUAGAAAGACUUUGCCUGCACGCUUUAGCAAAGGGAUCUGCAGGCAUCAAAGGACUUGGCAGAGCUUUUAGGAUUAUUGAUGGUAACAAUAGCAGAAUCCUUGAUUUCAAGGAGUUUCUGAGAGGACUACGUCACUCUGCUGUGGUGAUCAAUAAAGAAGAAGCACAAGAGCUUUUCCGGAUAUUUGAUAAAGACGGCAGUGGAACAAUUGAUUUUGAUUAAUUUCUUGCUGCACUGAGACCUCCCAUGUCUAAUGCAAGAAAAGAGAUUGUCAUGCAAGCAUUUCAGAAGUUAGACAAGACUGGAGAUGGUGUUAUAACAAUUGAAGACUUACGUGGGAUUUAUAAUGCAAAAUAUCAUUCCAAAUACCUGAAUGGAGAAUGGACAGAAGAUCAAGUUUUUAGAGCCUUUCUGGAUCGUUUUGAUUCACCCUACGACAAAGAUGGGAAGAUCACAACAGAAGAAUUCAUGAGCUACUAUGCCGGAGUCAGCGCUUCAAUCGACACAGACAUCUACUUUAUCAUCAUGAUGAAGAGUGUUUGGAAACUCUAAUCAUAUAGUUUAGGAAGCAAGCCUCUUCUUUCAUCUUUUAUAGGUUCCUCUAAUAAUGUGUAGGCACAAAAUCACCCUCCUGUUCCAUAGCAACAGUUUCCAGUAACUGUGCCAAUUACUUUCAAUCUGCAGAAUUAAUUCCCAGAUGUUUCAGUAGGCUCAGCCUCAGGGAUCAGAGCAGAGAGGAGAUCUGGCACUUGGCCUGUUUUUUCUCCUGCUUCAGGAUCAUUUUGUGGUUGAGAUAAUUUUACUUCUAUUUUUCUUCAAAGGGGAUAGCUGCGUUGCAGUAUUUUUUUUCUCACUGUUCCUGGAAUGUUUGCUGACCUGGUAGCUGUUGCCCAUACAUAGUGUUACCUGCACUGAAAGAUGUUUACUACUUAUUUGUAUUUGCAGUGCUGUGAGACCAAGAUAUGACU